UGCGGGUGGCACGACGGGUGGCCGUGCCCAGGGACACGGCACACCAGGGGGGAUUUUAAUCCCGGGAACCGCCCGCUGCCAUGAAGGACUUCACCGAAAUCACGCUUUGCCCCGAGGCUCUGGACCACAGCAAGACCGAGUUCUGCAACCCCGUCUUCGAGGGCAAGGAGCCCCCGGGAACGUCCCCAGACGAGGACAGGAUCAGCCCCGCGCCGCCCCGGGAUGUCCUCGGCCGGCAGCUGUGGGGCCAGGCGGGCGGGCGGUCCCGUGCCGACUGCAGGUUCACCUGGCUCUGCGUGGCCCUGAUGAGCGCCGUCCUCCUCUUCCUCAUCGCCCUGCUGCUGGCCAUCGUCAUCCACCAGCUGACGUCCCCGCGGCCACCCAGCUCCCCCGCCGCAGCCCUGCCCGCCCGUGGCACCGCCACCACCCCCUCAGCACCCACCCCAAGACCCCCCCCGGCCCCCCAGACGGCCGCCAGCCCGACCUGGAGCCAGCUUCCCACAGCCAGCACGCCGCCACCGGCCUGCGGCGGGACCCUGCGGGGCCCCGAGGGCUCCUUCAGCUCCCCCAACCACCCCGGCCCCUACCCGCCCCACGCGCUCUGCGUCUGGCGCAUCGAGGUGGCCCCCGGCCUCGCCAUCCAGCUGCGGCUGGAGGCGUUCAGCGUGGAGGGCACCGCGUCCUGCCUCUUCGACCGCCUGGAGCUCUACGAGGAGCAGGGGCCCGGCGGCAAGGAUCCAGCCCCGGCCCGGGGGGGCACCACCAGGUACUGCGGCAACGCGGUGCCCCCGACCUUCAACUCCAACUCCAACCUCCUGCGCGUCACCUUCGUCUCCGACGGCAGCGUGGGCGCCCCGGGCUUCAGCGCCCGCUACCGUGCCGUGGCCCCCGAUGAGAAGAGCUGCGCCUGGGACGAGCACUUGUGCGACCGGGGGCUCUGCAUCCGCCUGGGCUUCGUCUGCGACGGCUUCCACGACUGCGAGGACCGCAGCGACGAGGCCAACUGCAGCCUGAAGCACAAAGAGUGCGGGGGCCCGCUGACAGCCCUGGAGGGGCAUUUCUCCACCCCGAGCCAUCCCCAGCCCUACCCGCACCAGCAGCUGUGCCUCUGGCAGAUCUCGGUGCCCGUGGGCCACGUCGUCGACCUGCGCUUCCACAACUUCAGCCUGGAGCCGCACGAGGACUGCAGCUUCGACUUCGUGGAGGUGCACGACAGCGCCGGCACCGGGGCCGCCAGCCUCAUGGGCAGGUUCUGCGGCCACCAGCUGCCACCCGCCCUGACCUCCUCGCGCCACGUCAUGACCGUGCUCUUCGUGGCGGACGAGGGAGUAGCAGACGACGGCUUCUUCGCCACCUACCAAGCCCGCAACGCCACGGAGAAGACCUGCAGCCCCGCCGAGUUCUCCUGCGGCAACGGCGAGUGCCGGGCGCUGGAGUCGGUGUGUGACGGCUGGCACGACUGCCCCGACGGCACCGACGAGCUCAACUGCACCGGGGUGUCCUACCCGGCCUUCGGCUCUGUCUGCGAGCCCGUGGAGGUGGAGAUGUGCCUGGGGCUGGGCUACAACGCCACCUCCUUCCCCAACAUCUGGCUGGCCAUCCCGGACCAGGAGGGAGCCGCCGAGGUGCUGCAGGACUACCAGACGCUGAUGGAGCUGGCCUGCUACCAGCACCUCCGGCUCCUCAUCUGCAGCCUCUUCGUGCCCAAAUGCACCCCGGACGGGGGGGUCCUGCAGCCCUGCCGUGCCGUCUGCCUGGCCGCCGAGCUGCGCUGCCAGCAGUCCCUCGGGCUCCUCGGCAUCCUCUGGCCCAUCAACUGCAACAUCCUGCCCGACUCCAGCGACCCCGUGGAGUGCUUCCAGCCCUGAGCCCCCAGCACGCCCAGAG